AUGAGUAGUGUAAUUGAAAUAGAAGCAGAUAUUAAGGAAUUAAAGGAUCUAAUAGAAAAGAGUAAAAGAUCCAAUGUAAAGAGUGUUUUACAGGUACAAUUACAAGCUAUGGAAAUUCAAUUAUCUGAGACAAAAAAGAGGACAGCUAAUAUAGUAAAUAAUAAAUCAACUAUAAACGAAAUUAAUAAUAUAUCUUCUAAUAUUCCAUUAGAUGCAUAUAUACCAAUUUCUCAAUAUAGUUGGGAUCAAAGUGAUAAGAAAGUAAAGGUAUAUAUUACGAUGAAUAAUAUACAUAAUAAUGUAGAUUGUUUAAAAGUUAAAUUUAAUAAUGAUAGUUUUGAUUUACAAAUUGCUAAUUUAAACAACAAAUAUUAUAAACUUUCAAUAAAAUUAAGUGGUUCUAUUAUAGAAUCUGAAAGUAAUUUUAAAGUUAAAACUGAUAUGAUUGUGUUGACUAUGACAAAACAAGAUAUUUCUAAAUGGCUACAAUUGUCAUUUAAAGAAAAUCACUUAAAAAAAGCUACCUCACCAGAUACAUUUAAUACAAAUGAUUCAUCAGAUCCAAUGGCUGGCAUUCAAAAUUUAAUGAAGAAGAUGUAUGAAGAAGGUGAUGAUGAAAUGAAGAGGACUAUUGCUAAAGCUUGGACAGAGGCUCAGGAUAAAAAUAUAAGUAAUAAAUUUUAA